AUGGAAGCAAAGAACGAAAUACAAAUGGAGGAAGUGCAAACAGCUUGGUGUCUUGGUGCGGAAUUUACCCAAAUCCCGCUGAUUUCGUGUAAGCGGCGUAUGGAUAAAGCGUUGAAAAGCAAUGAAAGAUUGUAUGCUAAUCGAACAGUCCCAGCAACUUUCAAACAGGCUUCAUACGAUUGGCAAGAUGUUGCGGUACUGAAUUUUGGCUUUGUGGGAAUUUUUGACUAUCAGGAUCGCAUCGUUCAUCAUAGGCAGAAGAGCAUCAUGGUAAGUUUUCAAAACAUCUUUGAAAAAACUCGUCUCCAAAAAUUUCUAGAAAUAUAA